AUGGCACAACGUUUCACAUCCUUCGCCGCGUCCGGUUGUUUGCUGCUGCUGGCGGCGGUUUCUGUUCAGGGCGCUGCCAUUGAUAAUGGGGUCACGCCGCGCAUCCACAGCUCCGAUGAGCUAAUCUCGACGAUUGUAGAUAAGUGCUUCCAUGCCAAUGCGAUGCAUUGUCUGAAGGAGAAGGUGCUCACCUAUCUGGACACGGUCGCCAAUGUUGAGGAGGAGGUCAGCGGUCGUGCCUUCGAUGAUGAUGUCAUCGACAAGGUCAUUGUGGAUCGUGUGGCACGAAUUCUGCGCACCAACGAGGUGCGCGUCCAGCUGCCGGAGACCUUCUUUGCCAGCUCCGUGAUGACCUAUCGUGCGGAUCGUGGCUUCGAUUUGGAGCUGCCCCAGGCGGAAGGCCGUGCUGAGAAGAAGAACAAGGACAAGCUGUUCCUGCCUCUGUUGCUGCUCAUGAAGUUCAAGUUGAAGGUUGUCAUGCCCAUUCUGCUGGCUCUGGUCAGUCUGAAGGCCACCAAGGCAUUGAUCUUGUCCAAGAUCGCCAUUAAGCUGGUGCUCGGCUUCCUCAUCUACAAUCUGAUCCAGAAAUUGGGCGGCAUGAAAAUGAACAUGGUGCCCAUGCCAGCUCCAAUGCCGGCGGUUGAAUACGGCGUGCCCAGCACCACGGCCUCCUCAUACGAUCCCAGCAGCUGGGAGCCGCAGAGUGGUGGCCCCUAUGCGCGUUGGGACUCACAGAAUCUGGCCUAUAGCUCGUAUCAUCCCAGCAGCUCCUCCUCGUACGGCUCGGGCUCAACGUCGGGCUCCACGGCGGGCACCUCCUCCAGCUACAGCUCCUCAUCUUAGAUCUUAGCUCGCACUGCCGCUGUUAAUGUACAUACCAAGGAACUGAGUGCCACUGAGCCCCUCUGCCGCAGGGGCGUGGCACUUUGAGUAAGCAGACCAAAUGGAACCGGAACAUGCCUAGGCCAUAAAAUUAGUUUCUUAAGUUUAAGCGCUCGACUUUUAGCCAUUCUAUUUAUUUCCCUACUCCGCAUCGAUUUUUCCCUAUCGACUUCUCUUUACUGCUUUGCUUUCUCUCUCUAUGCAUUUUCCCCUUCUCGCUUUUCCCAUUUUCCCCAACAGAAAUCGACCAAAA